AUGAAAGAAUGAGAACGAGAGACACGAGUCGGGUUUCAAAGCAAAGACAAGGCCAUUACAAGUCGCAGGAUCAAAGAAGACAUGACGUGAAGUGAAGCGUGGCAAAGAGACUUUACUGCCUCGCGCCUACAUGGCGAACUUGUGACGGCGUCUAAGCAGGUGUUACAGGCACACGUUUAACACCUUAUAGCGGCCCGUGUCGGUUUCCCAUCGUGGGAGAGGAAGUAGCUCCAACACAAGACAAACCGGGGCAGCACUGCUGUGUUUUUGUUCUUCUUUAAUUAUCCGUCGGCGUGGGAAGAAACCGAGUCUCGUUUUUUUUUCUGGGGUCGUUGUUUUGGCUAUAAAUACAGACUCACGUGCGCGCAGUGUCUGAUUUUUGUCUGUACACUUUUGUGAAAGAAAUGCAAAACGUGGAUCUAGCACGCGCGAGGACAGACAAUAAACUUCAUAAAGUCCUGGCAGAGAAAAUGCAGCGAGAUCGAAUCACCAGCAGCAUCGAGCAUCUAAGGAUGAUUUUCUAUCCGAUCAUGCAGAUAACUGAAGAGCACGCUGUCAAACUGGAAAAAGCAGACAUUUUAGAGAUGGCCAUCACGUUGCUUAGACAGAAAGCAUGUUCGCGUGCAAAUUCAAGUUUUGUAUGUGGCUUUUCUCAGUGUUUGCACGAAAUGCUGCGCCAUGUGUCUUUGCAUGCUCAUCUGCCACCCAAAGACAGAGAAGAAAUCAAGCGUUUCUAUGUGCUGCAGAGGACAAGCUUAAGACUGUUUUCAAAUCAUGGCCAUUUUGCUCAAAGAUCACCGAAACGAACAGCAUCCAGGAACCGAGUGGCACUGUGGAGACCAUGGAAGAAAAACUGACUCCGUGCACAGUCUAGCCUCCUAUUUAUCACUUAAUUUCUCAUAGCAAUUUAGUGCUUUUGUUGUAGUUGUUUUGCUAUUUUGUGCAACAUUUGCAUGUACUAGUACCACUUUAGUUGUAUUUGUUACCUAAUUUGUCUACAGUGUAUGCAACAAGUUCUCAACCCCAGUCCUUGUGUACCUCCUGCACAUAUUAAUGAUCUCUCUGCUCCCAAAACACCCACUUCAACUUCAUCAUUCAAUUUCCAGCCCUUUCUGAGGUGAAUCUGUUUAUGUUUAAGCAUGAAAAUAUGCAGAAUUUUUGGUAAUCCAAGACCAGAUUAAGGAACCUGUGCUGCAAGCAAAGUGUCCGUUUUUUAUUUCUCGGAUGUUAUUAUUGUCUUUUGUGAAGGCGUGUGCAAUAAUUCAGACCUCAACUAUUGAAUUCAGCAUGGAUCUCUUUUCUUUGGUGUCAUGUUGUAAUUGAAAUCACUUAAUAAACAUCCCCUGUAUUUAAGU